UAUUUUCAUCGUUCUCGGAAGGUGGGGAAAUAAUCUCCGAUGGGUGAAAACAGCGGAACCACCUCCUCCGCCAAAGUGGCGCUGGCUGCUUCUACCGCCGACGAAGAUCAGUUGCUGAAGCAAUUUUUCUCGGAGGUUAGCGAGGUUGAGCGCGAUAACGAAGUUCUCAGGAUCCUUUCAUGCUUCAAGUUAAACGCUUUUGAAUAUCUCAACCUACCAUUUGAUUCCUCUGUAGAUGAAGUAAAAAGGCAAUAUCGUAAGCUGUCUUUACUUGUUCACCCUGAUAAAUGCAAGCACCCCCAAGCUAAGGAGGCCUUUGGAGCAUUGGCAAAAGCUCAACAGUUGUUACUUGAUCCCCAGGAGAGAGAUUAUCUAUUAAACCAAGUUAAUGCAGCAAAAGAAGAACUUAAAGCAAUUAGGAAGAAGCAGCUGAAAAAAGACACUGCUACUAAGUUGAAGUCUUUAGUGGAUGAGGGAAAAUAUGAGCAGGAAUAUGAACGAUCAGAAGAAUUUCAGCAGCAGUUAAAAUUGAAAGUUCGAGAACUCUUAACAGAUCAGGAAUGGAGGAGAAGGAAGAUGCAAAUGAGGAUAUCAGAGGAGGAAGGUAGAUUAAAGAAAGAUGAAGAAGAAACAAAAGAGAUGUGGAAACGUAAACGUGAGCACGAGGAACAAUGGGAAGGCACAAGAGAACAAAGGGUAUCGAGCUGGAGGGACUUCAUGAAAGGUGGAAAGAAGGUCAAGAAAGGAGAGACUCGACCUCCAAAACUCAAGACAGAGGAUCCGAACAAAUCCUACGUGCAAAGGCCAGUGAAACGAGGUUGACUAUUAAUAUAUUUCCCUAUCCUUGUUUGAACUAUCUGCCAUUGCAUACAUUACAUGAUAUUGCUUGAUAAAAAGCCUUUUGAGGUUUGAUAGUGCUAUAGCUGUUGUAUUAACUUGUGUUUGCUAGCCAUUUUGUGCUGCUCAUUGAACCCUAUCCAAACCUAGGUAUUCAUUCGAGCAUCCUAGCACCUAUCCCUGUAUUUACCUGAGUCGAUGUACACAUUCUGUAGUUUACCCUCACUGUCAUUAUAAUUAUCUACGAAAAAUUCUUCAAA